AUGCUUGAUGAAGCCUUACCCGUGAGAACAGUUCGCGCACACUGUACGGACAAACCGUGGAUGACCCCCAAUAUUAAAGCGUUCAUAAAAGCAAGACAGAGAGCAUUUACGAAAGGGGAGACACCGAAGUAUAAAAGUUUACAUGCAAAAGUUACCAAGCUGAUAUCCAACGCUAAAGCUACGUACUACAAAUCCAAGGCUGAAGGCAACCAUCAAUCCAAUCCCGCCAAAUGGUAUAAAACGAUUUACAAGCUAGCGGCAGCAACUGAAAAUCAACAAUCUCUGUCCUCGCCUGACCACGCUGACCUAAUGGAAAUCGCUGACAGACUGCAAAGAAGUUUUACUAAGCCUUGGCUAGGAAUUCAACCAGAUCUUCCCAGACUUCAAGCGGUAGAGCAUUUGCUCAAGGAUAGCCACCCACCUCUACCAUCCAUUGGCCAAGUCAAAACCGUCCUAAAACACCUAAAUCCUAGGAAAGCCAUUGGGUCGGAUAAUAUCCCUGCAUGGUGUCUUAAACGGUACGCAGAAGAAUUAGCACAAGUGGUCCACGAUAUUGUGCUUGCAAGCAUAGUUCAAUGCAAAUAUCCCACCUCCUACAAGCAUGCAAUCAUUAGUCCCAUACCAAAGAUCCGUCCACCCACAGACCUAGAUAAUGACUUCUGCCAAGUUUCUGUGCUACCACAACUAGCAAAAGUUAUCAAGAAGCUACAGCUGCAACUCAAUAAAUCCAGUUUCAAGAUCAAAACAAACCAGCACGCCUUUAUGAGCGGUCACUCCACCAUGUCUGCCCUUACCUCCAUAUCUCAGAACUGGUUCGACUCAACGGACAACUCCUCAACCGGUAGACAAGGUGUCCACGCCCUAUUUGUUGAUUUCCGGAAGGCGUUUGACUUGGUUGACCAUAAGAUCCUUCUGGACAAGCUUGCUGAUAUGAAUGUAACAAGGAGUUUCUGGUUAUUGAUAAUGAGUUUUCUGGAGGGAAGAACACAACAGGUAAAUCUCCAAGGUGUACUAUCCUUUACUGCAUCAUGCCCAGCCGGCGUCCCACAGGGAUCUGCUAUCUCGCCGACCCUAUUCAAUAUACAUAUUAACGAUAUGGAGGAAAAUGUUUCUGAACAGGCAUGUGUCAACACAAUCAAAUAUGCGUCCAUAAGAUUAGGAGAAUCUAGCGAUUUGCAAAGCGCUCUGGACUCAGUACAAAGUUGGGCUGUGGAAAAUAAAAUGGAACUGAAUGCCAAAAAGACAAAAGAUAUGUGGAUUAACUUCACUGAAGCACCGCCCCCUCUACCACUGCAUAUAGGAGAUGCUAUCAUAGAAAGAGUCGAUAAUUUAAACUCUUGGGAACCUGGUUUCAAAAGGACCUGA